GCGGGUCUGUUAGAAGGUACUUUAAAAAGUGACAAAGUAUCUAAUUCAAGUUAGUUUUGUGUAGUGUUUUGAAUGAGUUUCGUGUGUAAUUUUUCGUUGAUCAUGAAUCGGUGACAGUGUUAGUGUAUACGAUUGGACGCUCAGAACGCAUUCUGACGGGCAAUUCAGUCAUUUCGUCAGCUGUUGUACACCCGACCUACAUUCUCAAGAGCUUCGGAAGUAAACAUUCGGCUUGGGUUGAUGCUAAAGAUCCGCGCCGAUUGGGAUUCUGCAUUGAAACAAUUCAAACUCAGUCUCUUACAGGCUUCAAACGGCGUAUCGAACAGUGCCCAUCCGCCGUCCGCCGUCUCACAGUCGUCGGGUCGUUCCUUCACCGAGGCGGAGGUGCGAUUUCACAUCGCGCAUACGCACGAAUUGCGCGGCGCCACUCGCGUCGCCCGCGAACACUACGAACGUCUGCUGCGCGACGCCAGCGCCAGCGACUCCCUCCGAGCGGAUGUCUGCCGCCAAUUAGGAUGGCUGCACCACACUACUCCGGGAAACAAUGCUGAUAGGGUAACGCGCGAAGCCGCAGCAGUUCGAUUUCUGCAGAGAUCAGUGGAGGCCGAUCCGAAGUCUGGACAAUCACUGUAUUUGCUGGGCAGAUGUUACUCGGCAGCAGGAAAAGUGCAUGAUGCUUUUAUUGCAUACAGGCAUUCAGUCGAGAAAUCGGAAGGAAAUGCUGAUACGUGGUGUUCUAUAGGUGUAUUAUAUCAACAGCAAAAUCAACCAGUCGACGCUUUGCAGGCUUAUAUUGCUGCUUUGCAAUUAUACAAACAUCAUUCAUCAGCCUGGACAAAUCUUGGAAUUCUGUACGAAAGUUGUGGGCAGCCGAGGGACGCGUACGCGUGCUAUAUAAACGCACGCGAUUGUCGAUCUAAUCAGGGCAGCGAGCUUUUAGGAGAAGGAACAGCAGAAUCAAUUCAGUGUAUGAACCGUGAUCAACAGCUAGACGGACGGAUAGCGUACCUUCAGUCUCGUCUGGCUAACGCUCCGAUGCCUAGCAUCACCAGCAAGCGUCGGCAACUGCUGUCGAUAGAAGAGGCCUGGAAUAGACCAAUCUCCGCCGAGAUGUCAGCCCGUCAGCAGACAGGAGCAGCCGUGGUGCAGCAGCACCAGCACCCUCAUCAGCACCAAGCACCUCCACCGCCGUACACAGCCAAUAAGAGGUUUAAGUUAGAUAAUGCAGCAGGAACUCCUAACGGUGGAACGAAUAAUACCACCGUGCCUGGAUAUUACCUCACGCCACAGCAAUUGCAAAUGUUGCAGUUCUUGCAACAAAACGCGUCUAAUCUUACGCCGCAGCAACAGAAUAUGAUGCAGCAUUUGCUUCAACAAUAUCGGUUGAUGCAGCAACAUCAACAACAACUGAGGCUUCAACAACAGCAACGUAAUCAGCAACCCACAAGUAGGCCAGCAGUCCCAGCACAACCGGCCAGUGCAAUAAACACCCCACAACAAAAUGAUUUGGAAGUAACGGAACAAGAUCUUCAAGCAUUGCUGUCUCAAAAAGAUAUUGCAACAUCACUAGCUGAAGAUCUGUUAAAACAUUUUGGAUCUGAAGAUCUUGAUAUGAAACCCGCCAGGCCACCAAGUGUGAAUAGUACAAGUACAGAUGCUGCUGUUAACACGCCAGAGAUAAAGAAAGAGAUUCCAAUUAGGACAAAAACUGAACCAGAUAUAAAACAAGAGACAGGUUAUCCGGGAAUAAAGCUUGAAAUAUUGGAUAGUGAACCAAAAGAUUUAGUAUUUUCAACAGACAUGGAUAGCAAAACGAUACAGAAGCUUUGCAAAGCAAUGGGUGUAAAAGAUGUGCCGACAUGCUCCAUCCUGGGGUCCGAUGUACCUCCACCUAGUCCGCCGGAUUGCCCUCCUUUGCGUUUAACAGAAGAACAACUUCUGCCACCUACGCCCUCAGUUUAUCUAGAAAAUAAAAAAGAUGCCUUCAGUCCUCAACUCCAAGAGUUCUGUCUAAAACAUCCUAUCGCUGUGGUCAGAGGGUUGGCCGCCGCCUUAAAAUUAGAUUUAGGAUUAUUUUCAACAAAGACUUUGGUCGAAACAAAUCCAGAUCACACGAUAGAGGUGCGCACGCAGAUGCAUCAGAGCGCCGACGAAAACUGGGAUCCUUCGAUGGGCCGCAAAGUUUGGGCCUGCAUAUCGCACAGAUCGCACACUACAAUUGCCAAAUACGCACAAUAUCAAGCAGCUAGUUUUCAGGAAAGUCUAAAGGAAGAAAAGGAUAAAUUGCCAGGUGUUUCUAUAAAUAAUUUAUCCGAUUCAGAUUCAAAGGAUUCUACAGGAAAUAUUAUGAAAAAGAAGACAAAGGGUCUAGGUGCUAGGACAAAUGGAUCAAAAAUGUUGAAGUUUGGAACGAAUGUAGAUUUAUCGGACGAAAAGAAAUGGCGCGCUCAACUUCAAGAAUUGAUGAAACUCCCAGCAUUUGCUCGUGUUGUUUCUGCAGGAAACAUGUUAUCUCAUGUUGGCCAUGUUAUAUUGGGAAUGAAUACUGUACAACUUUAUAUGAAGGUUCCAGGAAGCCGGACGCCUGGUCACCAAGAAAACAACAAUUUCUGCUCCAUUAAUAUAAACAUUGGACCAGGCGAUUGUGAAUGGUUUGGCGUUCCUGAUGCAUACUGGGGCGGAAUACAAGCUCUUUGUGAACAGAACAAUAUAAACUAUCUUCAUGGCUCAUGGUGGCCUAAACUUGAAGAACUUGCUGCCAAUAAUAUUCCUGUUUACCGAUUUACACAGAGACCUGGUGAUUUAGUGUGGGUUAACGCUGGUUGUGUGCACUGGGUGCAAGCCAUAGGCUGGUGUAAUAACAUUGCUUGGAAUGUGGGCCCGUUGACCGCAAGGCAAUAUUGCUUGGCUAUUGAACGUUAUGAAUGGAACAAAUUGCAGAGCUUCAAAAGUAUUGUACCAAUGGUGCAUUUGAGUUGGAAUUUGGCAAGAAAUAUCAAGGUUUCAGAUCCGAAAUUGUUCCAGGCUGUUAAAAAUUGUUUACUACAAACAUUGAAGCACUGCAUGCUUGUUUUGGAUUUUGUUAAAUCUAAAGGAGUCGAGGUCAAAUUUCAUGGUCGAGGGAAGAAUGAGGCAUCUCAUUACUGUGGGCAAUGUGAACUUGAAGUAUUCAACAUAUUAUUUAUUCGAGAACAAGAGAAAAGACACGUCGGGCAUUGCAUAGCAUGUGCUCGUAGGCAAUCUCCAACCUUAGAAGGAUUUGUAUGUUUAGAAGAAUUCAAAAUGCAAGAGUUGAUGGAGGUUUAUGAUGGUUUCACAUUACAUCAACCUCCUCAACUAUCUCCAAGCAGCAAUAAUUCACUAUAUUAAUAUAUGUGAUCAUUGAAAAAAAUUUAUUUGGUGCUGCCGAUAUCACGUUUUACAAUUUUAGCGAAAAAUUA